AUGAAAGGACAGAAACUCCCCGCAGUUCAGGAGCAGUGGGAGACUGAGCAGCAGCGGAGCAUGGAAGAGAGGGGCCGGCUGCUGCUGUCCCUGCAGUUCCUCCCCCCACCAGAGGAGGGCGAUGUGAAGGAUAAGGAGCACGCCCGCGGGGGGCUGUGUGUGGGCGUGCGGCGCUGUGCUCACCUGGCUGCCAUGGACGUCAACGGCUUCUCUGACCCCUACGUCAAGACGUAUCUCAAGCCAGACGUGCAGAAGAAAUCCAAGCACAAAACAGUCGUCAUAAAGAAGACCCUCAACCCAGAAUUCAACGAGGAGUUCUUCUACGAGAUCUCCUUUACAGAGCUGUCCUCCAAGACCCUGGAGGUCACCGUCUGGGACUACGACCUUGGGAAGUCCAACGACUUCAUCGGGGGCGUGUCCUUGGGCUGUCACUCCCAGGGAGAGGCGGCGCAGCAUUGGAUAGACUGCCUGAAGAACAAGGGCCAGAGGGUGGAGCGAUGGCACACACUGACCAAUGAGCUGCCUGGAUCCUCCCUCCAGGAAUAACCAGGAUGUCCACACCUCCAGUUGGACAACAGCCUGGAGGACCAGGGCCUUCUUUCUGCAUGACUUGAACAAUUUGUGCUCUAUUUAGACUUUGCAUCAGAAGAAAUGAUUAAGUGAGUAAUGAAGGAUGGAACACAACUUUGUGUUUCAGAGCAUUCCUGAAGAGGAGACCUCUUCUCAGUUCAUUUGCAUCUAAAUUAUCCAAAACCAUUUUCCUGCCUACUCUGGAGAAAAAGAUAAUUAAAACUCGGCAAGAAAAUAUUUGAGGGGAAAAAAGAAAAUCAUACUUAUUUUUCCAUUUAUCUGGAAUUAUUCAAAUGGUUUGUUUACUCUUUUGAAAAUUGGAUUUGGAUUUGGUCAUUAACUCGUGGGAUCUAUUUUGACCCCCCUCUUCUACACACCUCGGUGUCGCAAUAACAUGUCGCCCGAUGAUGCUUCCGAACAAUUCUAAGUGGUCUUAAUAAUUGUAGACGUUUUGUAUCAACGGAUUUAAUUACCAUCGAACAGCCUGCAGAUGGUAAUUUAUUAAAAGUGCAAGUAAUAAUAUGAUAAUUGGUUCUUCCAAAUUGGUGGUUUCUGUGUUAGCUAUAUGCAUGUUCGAUGUACAAAGAAUUAAACGACUCUUGUCUAAUCUACUAUAGCAAACCCUUCUGUUUGAGAGGCAUUUCAGAGAUGGCUCGUCUGUGUGGAAAGUCUUCAGUCUGACCCAGACCUGAUGACUGCACUCAUGAACAUGUUGUGUUAGAGCGGAGCACUCCAAACAAGUACUGUUUUUUUGUGUUUUUUUCAUCCUCUAUCAAUUAUUUGCGAUUUGCACAGUUGUUUAUUCAAACGUCUGAUUCCUAGUAAAAAUGUUACGUUCAAAACACUGCUGCUACAGUUAUGUUAUGAUUUCUGUUAAAACACGUCUUGAUUCUGACUGGAUGGCUCCAGGCUUGAUCCAGUUGGGAGUCCUCCAGCGCAGGAGCCCGGGCAGUGGUCAUUGGGUCAUGUUAUGGGGCGUUCGGAAUUAUUUAAUUUGUAAUUAAUGAAUAGGCUCAUUAAGUCCAGCUGUUUGAGCUUCAGUUGAUGUGUUGGCUGCAGAUCUCUGGUGCUGUUUGUGCUCAGUGAUGUCAAAGCUGCAUGCUGAAGUACAGUGGUGUGAAUAUGUACAUAUGUAUUGUUGUGUAUAACUGGCUCUUACUGUUUGUCUUUGUACCAAAUGAACUUGUGUUUUGACUUUUUACAUAAAAACAUAAUAACAUG